AAGCAUGACUUCCAAAAUUCAUGGGAAAUUAUCUUCGUGUAACAACAUUCUUAUCAGAAUCCUUAUACAAAACAAUACGAAUCUCAUCGUUCUCUACAUCUACACCCAAAAAGCAAACGAAAACACCCACAAAAUGGGAAACAAAAACCUUCUCUCAUAUUUUCCAAGAAUGUACAUAUCAACGAGUGCAAAACCCGGGAAAACAAGCCCAUGCUCGCAUAAUUGUAUCUGGGUACAAACCCAGAAUCUUUGUCACCAAUUGUUUAAUCCAGAUGUAUAUAAAAUGCUCCAAUUUGGAGCUUGCAUAUAAGGUGUUUGAUCAAAUGCCGCAGAGGGAUAUUGUUUCUUGGAAUGCAUUGGUUUUUGGGUAUGUUGCGUGUGGGAAAAUGGAGAUUGCGAGUUCAUUGUUUGAAGCAAUGCCCGAAAGAGAUGUAGUUUCGUGGAAUUCGUUGAUUUCAGGGUAUCUGCAUGCGGGGGAUUGUCUUAAGGUGAUUUAUUUGUUUAUGACUAUGGGAAGAUCAGGUGUGGUGUAUAAUUGGAGAAGUCUUGCUUUUGUUUUGAGAGCAUGCUCAAUAUUGGGGGACUGUGAUGUGGGGAUUCAGUUUCACAGCAUUGCAAUAAAAAUGGGUUUGGAUAGGGAUGUGGAUAUUGGGAGUGCCUUGGUAGAUAUGUAUGCGAAGUGUGAGAAAUUGGAUGAUUCACUUUUGCUAUUCCGUAAAAUGUCUGAGAAGAACAGGGUUGCGUGGAGUUCUGUAAUCACAGGCUGUGCUCAAAAUGAUGAGUUUGUCAAGGGUUUGGAAUUAUUCAAGGAGAUGCUGAAGGAAGGAAUUGAGGUUAGUCAGUCUACUUAUGCUAGUCUCUUCAGGUUGUGUGCAGGAUUAUCGGCAUUCAGGUUUGGUUCUCAGUUGCACGCCCAUGCUUUGAAGAACAGUUUUGGAUCGGAUGUAAUCAUUGGAACUGCCACUUUGGAUAUGUAUGCAAAAUGUUGUGAUAUGCCAGAUGCACGAAAGCUGUUUAAUUCAUUACCCAAUCAUGAUCUGCAAUGUUACAAUGCCAUUAUUGUUGGUUAUGCACGAAAUAGUCAAGGCUGUGAAGCUUUGCAGUUAUUUUCGCUCUUGCGAAAGUCUGAUCUUGGUUUCAAUGAAAUAAGUUUAUCGGGGGCAUUUAGUGGGUGUGCAAUGAUUAAAGGGUAUUCGGAGGGGCUUCAACUACAUGGGCUAGCUAUUAAAAGUACUCUUACAUCAAUUAUUUGUGUAGCUAAUGCGAUUAUAGACAUGUAUGGUAAAUGCAGAGCUCUGACCGAAGCUUGUCAUGUCUUUGAUGAAAUGGAGAGAAGGGAUGCUGUAUCUUGGAAUGCAAUUAUUGCCGCUCAUGAGCAGAAUGGGAAUGAAGAGAAACCGCUAUCCUAUUUUGUUUCAAUGCUCCGUGCAAGGAUUGAACCUGAUGAGUUCACUUAUGGCAGUAUAUUAAAAGCUUGUGCCAGUCAGCAAGCUUUGAAUUAUGGCAUGGAGAUCCAUAACAGAGUUCUCAAAUCAGGAAUGGGGUUGAACUGGUUUGUUGGAAGCACACUUGUUGAUAUGUACUGCAAGUGUGGAAUGAUGGAGGAAGCAGAAAAGAUCCAUGACAGAAUGAGAGAAAAAAAUAUGGUUUCAUGGAAUGCAAUAAUUUCUGGAUUCUCAGGGCAAAAACAAAGUGAAAAUGCACAGAGAUAUUUUUCUCAGAUGUUGGAAAUGGGUGUAAAGCCGGAUAACAUCACUUAUGCAAUAGUUCUUGAUACUUGUGCUAAUUUGGUUACUGUUGGACUUGGCAAGCAAAUUCAUGCACAAAUAAUUAAGCAAGAACUGCAAUCAGAUGUUUAUAUAGCCAGAGCUCUAAUUGAUAUGUACUCAAAGUGUGGAAACAUGCAAGAUUCACAGAUGAUAUUUGAGAAAGCACCAAAGCAGGACUUCAUGACAUGGAAUGCCAUGAUUUGUGGCUAUGCUCAGCAUGGCUAUGGAGUUGAUGCCCUUAAGGUUUUUGAGAAAAUGGAACAUGUGAAAGUGAUGCCAAACCAUGCAACUUUUGUCUCAGUGCUUCGAGCCUGUGCUCACAUGGGACUCGUUGAAAAAGGGCUGCAUUACUUCAAGAUAAUGCUGAGUAACUAUGGUUUAUAUCCUCAGUUGGAGCAUUAUUCAUGCAUGGUUGAUAUAUUAGGAAGGUCAGGCCAAGUUAGCAAGGCUUUGAAACUAAUUCAAGAGAUGCCUUUUGGAGCCGAUGAUGUUAUAUGGAGAACUCUGCUUAGCAUUUGUAAGAUCCACGGGGAUGUAGAUGUGGCAGAGGAGGCGGCCAAUUCUAUUUUGCGAAUGCACCCACAGGACUCUUCUGCUCAUAUUCUACUAUCAAAUAUUUAUGCUAAUGCUGGAAUGUGGGACAAAGUUUCGUACAUGAGGAAGAUGAUGAGGCAGAAUAAGCUGAAAAAAGAGCCAGGUUGUAGCUGGAUUGAGGUAAAAGAUGAGGUGCAUACAUUCCUUGUUGGGGACAAAGCUCACCCGAAAUGUGAAGAGAUAUAUGAGAAUCUUAGUGUACUAAUUGGUGAAAUGAAGUGGGCCGGAUAUGUGCCGGAUGCUGCCUUUUUGCUUAAUCAGAAGGCAGACGAACAUGAGCUGCAAGAAGAGACCAGAACCGGGAUGUGCAAUCUAUAGUGUUUACAACAAAAAUCCCAGUUGUAUUUAAGAAAAUAAUUGGACCGAGUCAGCCCUUCCAUGGCUGAGGACUUUAUUCAAGUAACUCCAACAAUCGCUCUGGCUUCAUAGUUGAAUCCCAAGUUCCAAGAUCAGCCGACUCUCUUGUUGAUCAUUGUACUUGACACAUGCUGUGGUGUACAAUGAGCUAUGUUUCUGGAAACAAAUAACGGAGGAUGAAGCCGCUGCACCAUCUUCACCUCUAAACCCGAUGGCUGAUGCUUUGGGUUUGGUUAGCAGCUGCACCCACAGUGGCUCCUUGUGAAAUUCAGAAAUGGGAAUUAAAAGUAGGAUUUGACAGAAGAAACGGCAAAAAAUCUGAAUCAGCCAUAUAGAUACAAAGAUAGUUAUGACGAAUAAGUGGUAGGUCAUGAUAUGUUUUAAGCUUGCAAACAAUAGUAGAUAUGGAAUUCAAUAUUUUUUGUUUUUUUUGUUAACUGAAGAUGUCUGGACCAGUUUACACGUAUCUCAACUAAUCCUCCGAGACUCUAAAGUUGACAAUCGGAUAAAUCUUCUUAAAGGCCACCACUAUUAAUGCUUGUGGAGACUCAAACUAAGGAACCCAUGUUGAACCUCUUUGCUCUUCCUGUGGUGGUUUACGAAAUUCAAUAUUACUCUAUAA